AUGUCAAUAUAUAUGUGUAUAAAUUGAAGCACAUCAGAAAAUUAUUUAUACGCGCAAUAUAAUUAAGUACUCAGUGAACCGCAGGGAAGUCGCCACAAAAAAAAACAACAAAAAAAAAAGCGGCCAAACAGGCAGCUGCCGUUAAACCGGGCGACGGCAAUGGGCGCGAGCAGGAGCGGUAUAUGCCUUGGACAAGGUCAAGUCGGCUCAGCUCGCAGCUCGCAGCUCAGCUUGCAGCUGGCGCCGUUCGAUAAGCUGCGGCUUUUGAUAACACGCGAACGUUGAUUUCUGUAUAAAACAUUGCCGCCGCAUCCCAAUCAGCAGCACUUGCGGACUUACAGCCCAAUCAGCAACAGCGGCUUUCAAUUUCAAUUCCAAUUCCCCUUCCACGUUCCACAUUCCACAUUCCAAUAAGAUGUCGCAGCACAAUUUUGUCGCUCUGCUCGCCUGCGCCGUUAUCCUAGCGCUGGCCAGCCACAGCGCGCAGGCGGCCAUUGCGCGCGCCGACUUCAGCAAUCCCACUUACCCGGGCAAGUGCGUGCUGGACUCCAAUUCGAUUAUGUCGCCCGGUCAGACGGGCAAGGCGCCGAAUCAUCUCUGCGCUGGCGUCACCUGUUUGGAUAACGGACAUGUUGAGUUUCGCACAUGUGCCGCGGUGGCGCCGCGCAAGGGCUGUAAGCUGCGCGACUUUGUCAACACUGAUCGCAGCUUCCCCGAGUGCUGUGAGCGCACCUACGACUGCAACAAGCUGAUUUAAAUUUCUCCGUUAUCGCUGAGCGCUGCUCCAUCCAUUUUUGGUGUGUUUGUUUUGGUUAUUUUUUUGGUGUUUUUUUUUCGUUUUU